AUGCCUGGCCCGGACUCAGAUCCUGAUGUCCUGAUGGACUUUGACGCUAGAGGGAGUGAGUUAGAGCGAGAGCGAGAGUGCAACCGUCCAGCCUACAGGCCAUCUUCCCCGCCGCGACUGUUUCCAUUCCUCCACCUGCGCCUCAGACGUUCCAGCAUCUACCAUGUCCCAGACGGUACGAUCUACUUGAAGUACGCUGGAGAUGGCCAUUUCGUCGAGGCCGUCUACCACUAUUACGCCCUUCUUCAACGACGUGAGAUCGCACAACAAUACCUCGAGUUUUCCGGAGUGACCAGCUCACAAUUUGAAACCCUCUCUGAUCGAAACUGCCCUGGAAGCACCACCGCCACUUUUGUUGUCGAGAUCGGAACCUCAGAAUCCGCGUCGCGGCUUGCUAUUGACGCUCGGGGUUGGCUGGAGACACCAGGCGCCACCGUGAGAACUGCCCUAACGAUCUCCCUUAAUUACAACAACGAUGAUGAUUUGAUUACGAUUGAAGUUUGGAAGGUUGAUGAUAGAAACUCUGCCAUCAGCACCGGCAAUAUGCCGCUCUCUGCAUUCCGGAUUCUGUUGAUGGAUAUUUUACGUGCACCUGGGGCAACCGUGCCUACGAGUUCUGGCCGUUUGAUGGACCCUGUCACGCAAGCUGUCACUCCGACAGAUGAGGUUCGUCUUGAUUUUGACAUAUUCGUUGGCCGCCAAGCGGCAGGAAUCAUGGAAGGCGAUGUCAUACUCACGAGGUUGAUCCAAUUUGCGAAAGAUUUUUGGGAGCCACGCAACGGCAACUCCAGAACCAAAGCACGAACUAGUACAGAGUAUACCAGUGGUGUCUCCACUGCAGAGUUUUGUUUUUUAAUCGCUAUUACCACCCUGCCUUUAGCCGUCUUAGCUACCUAG